AUGUCGUCGACCACCUCGGCAGACCCGGAUCCCAUCCCGUCCUGGACGGUCGUCGACCCCGAUCUCCUACUGCGUUCUGAGGUGGACGGACGAGAGUUUGGCGCGCACAAGUUCUUGCUUGUGUAUGCCUUCCAGGGGUUUGAUGACAUGCUUUCUGGCACACCACUGCUGGGUGCCGGGGGUGCCCAGGAACAGAAAGAUGGGCUUCCGGUCGUGCCCGUCCCCGAGAGCUCCAUUGUGCUGGAGAAAAUCUUGCAGCUCAUAUAUCCCUUCGAGGCCCCGAACCUCCGACUCAUUCCUCGGGACGUCCUGGUGGGCAUCUGCGUGGCCCUCGACAAGUACUGCGUCAAGACGUUUCCUCGGCCCGUUGUAGAUGGGCUCUUACGCUGGGCCACGGUAGAGGCGGAGCUCACCUAUAUCCGUGCUUGUCGCUUUCGUCUACCUGAAGUAGCGGUGGCGGCGUUGAAGGCUUCGUUGCGUUCGCCCAAACUCUUCAUCAAGGUACCGCCUACGGAGCUCAUCCUGAGCGCGCAGCAGUACCAUGCCUUCGUGACGUACCAGAUCGAAUGCCGCGAGCAGGCUACUGCUGUUAUUAGUGACUUGGCUUGGAUGCGCAAGCAACAACCGCUUCCACCCGGCUUCAAUAGGGGAGUUCAGAGUGGCGAUGCAGGUGGCGAUGUGCAGGCGAUUUGA